CGAAUAUAAUCAGCAGUAAACGGGUCACAAAAAAUUAUUUCCAAUUUGCAAGCUUCACUGACUGGUUGUCUUUUAAAAAAUACUUUGCAUUAAGUUGAUUUUUGUAAAAAGUGUGUUUAAUAUUGGUGUGUAGAAAAAGAAAGUUGGUUAAAUAAGCUUGAAAGUGAGCAGCAUCGUAAGCGGAGUCGGAGUGACGAGGCACUUGAAGGGCAACAAACAAUAGCCACAAUUCCAUUAGUACUUGCCCUCAGUGGUUGGGAUUUGAAGUAAAAUACAUAAGUAGAUAUAACACCAAAAUGCGUGCAGUUGUAAUUUUUGUGGCGUUGUUUGCCUAUGCCAACGCCGUGUCGUUCAGUGAUCUCGUGAAGGAAGAAUGGUUCGCCUACAAGAUGGAGCAUAACAAGCGCUACUCGAAUGAAGUCGAAGAACGCUUUCGCCUUAAAAUUUUCAAUGAGAACAAACUGAGAAUUGCCAAACAUAAUCAAUUAUAUGCAGCUGGCAAAGUGCCAUUCAAAAUGGCUGUGAACAAAUAUUCCGAUAUGUUGCACAGUGAAUUCCGUGAAACCAUGAACGGCUUCAACAACACAAUGAGAAAACAAUUGCGCGGAAACCGAAAAUACUUAGGCGCCACUUUCAUCCCACCGGCCCACGUUACCGUGCCCAAAUCUGUUGACUGGCGUGAACAAGGCGCUGUUACCGAUGUCAAGGAUCAAGGUCACUGUGGCUCUUGCUGGGCUUUCUCCUCAACUGGCGCAUUGGAAGGUCAACAUUUCCGUAAAACCAACACCCUAAUCUCGCUCUCCGAACAAAAUUUGGUCGAUUGUUCAGCUAAAUAUGGCAACAAUGGUUGCAACGGUGGUCUCAUGGAUAACGCUUUCCGUUAUAUUAAAGAUAAUGGCGGUAUUGAUACCGAAAAAUCUUAUCCAUAUGAGGGUAUUGAUGAUUCCUGCCACUACAACCCAUCCACCGUUGGCGCUACUGAUCGCGGUUUUGUCGAUAUACCCGCUGGUGAUGAGGAGAAAAUGAAACAAGCUGUUGCAACAAUUGGUCCAAUUGCUGUUGCUAUCGAUGCGUCCCAUGAAUCAUUCCAAUUUUAUUCGGAAGGUGUUUAUGUCGAGCCACAAUGUGAUGCUGAGCAAUUGGAUCAUGGUGUUUUGGUUGUCGGUUAUGGCACUGAUCCCAGCGGACAGGACUAUUGGUUGGUCAAGAAUUCUUGGGGCACAACUUGGGGCGAUAAGGGUUAUAUAAAGAUGGCACGCAAUAAGGAAAAUCAAUGUGGUAUCGCUUCUGCUUCGAGCUACCCGCUGGUUUAGGUUGUAAGCUCUUAAGCAUCACAAGUAUGAACAAGAUAUGGAAAACAAAAAGUGUAUAGAAUUUAGUUUUUUUUAUCUUUUUUUUUUGUUUAUUCAAAAGUGAAUUUUUCAACAUUUAAAAGUAUAUAUUAUAUAGUGUUUGUAGUAUUUUUUUUUUGUCGUAAGACAGUAGUAUUCUGCAAUUGAAAUACAUAUAUUAUUUUUCUUUUGUUUUUGACUUUAAUCGAUGUGUGAAAUAGAAUUCGUUAUGACAAACUUGCAACAAUUUACCAUGUGAAAUACCAAAAAGUUACGACUAAAAUGUAACUGUUGUAUAAAAAUAUAAUUUACAUCCCAUCUCACCGCCAUCACUAAUCGUAUGAUUCGUAUAAUAGUUAUGUAAAAUUACUAUAUAAAUAAAGAAACAUAUAUACAUAAAUA